ACUUUGAUCAACGACCGUCACAGCACCUUCUUCCACAGAAACUGCCCAGGUAGCACCAAGUCUCGUCACUUGAUGGAUGGUGUGGCAGAGAUUGCCUGGUACUGCCCGGCUGGAAAACCCAAUGAUGCCUUCACUGACUGCAUCGCCUUCUGUAAUCUUCAUGGUGAUGCUCUGUCGAUUGAAAAACAGCGUGACAUUCUGACUGAAAAAUCAUCAAUCAAUGUUGUUCUCGUCCCAACUUUAGGAAAAGGUGACAAAAGUACUGCAGUUAUCUCUGCCCUCUACAAGUCUCCAAAGCCUCUCAUUAUUCUCAUUGCUGAUAUUGAUUGUGGUGCUGUUCAGAUGAAAGGGGAAAACUACAAAAUGGGUCUAAGGGACAGAAGCCAGUCAAAUGUUUCUGAGGAGCUGAAAAAAAUCAUUGGAAGAAUUUUGUCUGGACCCCAUGCAUCCUUCAAGCUUGAAACCAUGGCCGAGGUCUCUGGAAUCAGAGUGGAUGAAGAUGACAAAGUCUGCCAAAAUGGGAAAACAGCUGCUAUGAAAAUAGUGGGCUUGCUACAGGGGAUGGAUGUUUCAAAGAUCAAAGACACAUUUCUCCCUUGUCAAGGCCAACUUUGGCACGAGUGGUGCAGAAUAAACAAAGAACUGUAUCACCUCAAAGGACACAUUGAGAAGGAGAAAUCUCAAAAGCAAAAACAACUGAUGCAAAUAAGACAAAAUCAAUGCACUGCAUCCUGUAGUAAACCAAUGAAGUUGUUCAUUCAAAGCCUCUCUUCUUUGCCAUCAACAGACAGAGGGUAUUUCCUGAAGUGGACUCAGAUCUUAAUAGAUGCCCUCUCUACUGACGACCUCUCUUCAAUUCUCCAAAGCUAUGAUGAAAAGUGGUCUGAGGUCUUGGUUUUGAAGAAGAAACAUGACAAAUCAGAUCUGUUUAACAGAAAGAAAACUGAGCUUGAUGAAAUAUCAAGAAAACUACAGUCAGCCACUUUUGGCUUAGAACACAUC